CUCCCAGAGAUCUGAAUUGGCUGGCGUCUAUGUGCCAUCUUAGAAUUUAAAAUCGCCGUUUGUUUGAUUGGUUCUAGAUCCCAGAGAGUGAGGCAUUGGAGCAUCGCCACUACUCCAGCAGGACGCGUCUCUGGGCUGCACCAGAAAACCCCCCGUACAGCUCCCUCGCCUGGUCUCCCCGGGAUCCGUGUUUUGCAUCGCUCCUCAAUUUGCAUUUCUUCCUCAGAUUUUCCGUGCGACGGGUUCAGCUGCUCGAAAACCAGCGGGCGCUUCACGGCUCUAUUCUACGUGCGCCUCCAUUUCCAAAGCAAUACGCGCACAGGGGGAAAAACCUAAACUACAAAAAAAAAAAAAAAAAACCUCUGGAUUUUUAUUUUUAUUUUUAAUAAUGUUGCCGAAGCUCCACGAACGGGGAAAUUGAGGACAUUUUGAUUUAUUGUUAUUUCUGUUGCGUACCUACGGAGACAGACACGUGUCUUCGGGGUAAACAGAAAGGGCUAGGUCGUGCCAGCAGAUUGCAUUGUUUCUCUCCCCCCCCACCACCACCUUUUGUUUGGUACAGACGACCAGGUUCAAGCUUGGCGACGAGCUAUACAUUUCAGUUUGUGCGCCUUGUUGAUAAAGACGCAUUUGGAGAUGUCGGAAGUGCUGCCUUUCACCGAAGAAAAAAUGAGUCAUUAUGGAAAUGAGGGCGACGAGGGACACCUUUCCUUCACCUGUCGUCUUCAAGACACCAACAACUUCUUCAACGGCUCACAGAAUAAACGUCCGCCGAAACUCGGACAAAUAGGCAGGAGCAAACGGGUUGUGAUCGAGGAUGAGAACGGUGACGACGGAGCGCUGAAAAAUGGAACAGAGAAGACCCCGGCUGAGGCUUAGAGCGCUCUGGCUCACCAACCCCCCUCCCUCCCCCCCUCCCAAAAGACACUCUUGAAAUUUUUUAUGGCGAUAUUUACCAGUUUUAAUCCAAAGACACUGUAUAUAAGCACUUUCUCUCAUGUGGCAGCAAGCAGCACUUCCACACCCUCCUCUCCCAGUCGGUCAUGGCCGUACGGAUGACACCACACUGGCAGGGGUGGGAGAUGGCAGCAGAGGAGACCCCCAGGUGGACCCCCCCCCAACACACAAACACACACACACACACACACACACAUACACACACAAACAGAAAAACGCACAAACAAACACACCCUCGAUUACAGGGUUUCGCCAUAAAUCCAAAUGUAGGAGAAGACAACGAGGAGGGGGGUGUGAGGUGAAGGAAGAAGGCGAUGCUGUCGAAAUGCAGAAAUCAGGGACAGGAAACCGAAAUAAAUCUAAUAUAGAAACUAAAGCACACACUUCUCCUAUAUCUAUCUUAUGAAUCAAACCUGCCGUACCAUUCUUUCUGCUCUUCAUUUUGAUCGAAGACAAUUGAAUAUCAGAGUCUGUAAAUAUGGAAAGGGUAGCCCAUAUUUUCUUGCACAAAGUGGGAAUUGGUAAACUGGUUCGUUCUGUGUUGAAGACUUUAUUUAUUGAUCCUUUGGAAUACAGUAUGUCUUUUGCAGUGACUCAAGGGAGCCUGAGGGAGUGUUUUGUUUUUUGUUUUUGUAUGUUGAGAAAACUGAGCAAAUGAGUGAUGUUUUUUUUCACUUAAAAAUUCUUGAUGUUGCCUGAGUGUUUUUUGUUACCAUACUUUGCAGCUAACGAGUCAUUUAUAUACAGUGUACCUCUCACCUGUUUGUAAGCUUCCCAGGCUUUCACCUGGAUUGGUUGAUACUGUAACUUGACUGUACACACCCUAUUGAUAAAUCUAUUUAUAUUGCAUUGUGCAUUAUCGUGUGUGCCAAAAUCUCAUGAGGGAUAUACUGUACCGGACUAAUUGUUCUUUUUUGUGCUUUAUACAUUUACUCAUUCAGUUCAGCUGUUUUGUUGGGUUGCCAUUUUUUAGGGCUCUUUCUUAAAACAUGGAAAUACAAACUCAUGCAUGGCAAAUAUGAAAUCAUGCAUGCAUGGCAGAAUUUCUGGAAACUCUUGUGUAUUCUUGAAGCACCUCGUAUACAGCUUUGAAUGACAAACCUCGAGAAACAGUCUUAAUUCUGCGUUGUACUGUACGAUUCUCACUGAUUUGUACAGUGGCCUAAUAUCUUGUAAUAAAGAUUAUGACAAAGUACUAUUUACUGUUAGUGUUGAUUGUGGUUUACAAAAAGGAAUGAUGUACUUGAUGUUGCUUUUUUUUUUUUUUUUUUAAUGUUUUGAAUCUGUAGCAAAAACACAAAAAUAUAGUUUUGUAUCGGAAAGAUGAAGACAAUAGCGGAUAGCUUGGCUUCCUUUAGGACAUGUUCCUUGUACAGUUUCUCCUGUUGUUGUUGGGUCGCUUGUCUGGCUGCCAAGGAAGGUCAAGUCAGCAUUUUCCACUGUGAGGAAGUAGCAUCCCGUUCCUUGGGCAGAUCAGACGCGGAAGGAGGCCGAGGUGGAAAUGCCAUCGAGAAUCUGAGACGCGCACUUUGUCCCGAUUUGUUUAAAUGAAAGUUGAGGCACUCGGCACGGACAACCGCACAACAGACUAUGAUCUUAUUAAGUGCUACAGUACUGCAAAUUCUUUUGUGGGGAAAAUGUACACCACUGCUUCCCAAUGCAAUAAAUGUCUGUUUGCAUUUAAAA